AUGCCGUCAUCCACCAUCGACCACAGUCAAUUCGACUCCAUUCCGGACACCGUCGCCGCCUUCAAGAAUGGCGAGUUCAUUGUCGUCCUUGACGACGCAGACCGCGAGAACGAAGGCGAUCUCAUCAUCGCCGCCGACUCCGUCACCACCGAACAAAUGGCCUUCAUGAUCCGUCACUCCUCAGGCCUGAUCUGCGCGCCCAUCACCCCGCAGCUCACCGAGCACUUAGCCCUCCCGCAGAUGGUCAGCAAGAACCAGGACUCCCGCACCACUGCAUACACCAUCUCCGUCGACGCCGCCGAUUCUUCCGUCACCACCGGAAUCAGCGCCCACGAUCGCGCCCUCACAGUGCGCCUGCUCGCCGAUCCCAAGAGCACUGUCGAGACCUUUGUCCGUCCAGGUCAUGUCUUUCCGCUGCGCGCACGGCCGGGUGGUGUCAGGGUCCGCCGGGGUCACACGGAGGCGGCGGUUGAUUUUUGCCGCCUCGCUGGGAAGCCCGAGGCCGCUGCCAUCUCCGAGCUCGUCGAGGACGGAGAGGUGGUCGAGGGCCAGGCGCUGCACAAGGAGCCGGGCAUGAUGCGUGCCCCUGCAUGCAUCGCGUUCGCUCGCAGGUGGGGACUCAAGGUGUGCACCAUCGAAGAUCUGGUCAAGCACAUCGAGAAGGUCGAGGGCCCGUAUCAGGCCCAGGCCAAUGGCGGAAGCUCGUAG